AUGCUUGCGUAUGGAGUUGCAACUGAUUUUAUGGAUAAGUAUGUGCGGAUUGGAAAAUCCACUGCAAUAGAAAAUCUAAAAAAAUUUGUUAAAGCGGUUGUUGAUAUUUUCUCCAAGAAAUACUUGAGGUCCCCAAACAACAAAGACAUUGCAAAAAUUUUAGCCAAUGGGGAAAGAAGUGGAUUUCCAGGGAUGUUAGAGAGCAUUGAUUUCAUGCAUUGGAAAUGGAAAAAUUGUCUGGCUGCAUGGAAAGAACGAUUUCCUCUAUUUUCUGAGCUCGAACAAGGACGUGCUUUUGCAGUUAAUUACUCAAUCAAUGGCCAUGAGCAUACAAUGGGAUACUACCUUGCCGAUGGCAUAUAUCCGAAGAGGUCAACAUUUGUUAAAACAAUUCCAUCUCCACGAGGAGAAAAAAGAAAAUUAUUUGCAAAAGCCCAAGAGCCGAAUAAGAAGGAUGUAGAGUGUGCAUUUGGAGUGCUUCAAGCAAGAUUUGCAAUUGUGCGUGGACCUACAAGAUUUUUCUAUAGUAAAACGCUCCAAGAGAUCAUAAAAGCAUGCAUAAUUCUUUAUAACAUGAUCGUUGAGGAUGAGCGAGAUGUAAAUGAAGUGGUGGAAUUAGAUUAUGAGCAAAUGGAUGACAAUCCUACUAUACAACUGUCAUGGGAAGCACACAAAUGA